CUCCCUGACAAGACAUCAUGCAAGCUCUAUGGAACUUGGAUAGAAAUAAUCCCCACAUUAAUCGAACCUCUCUUGAUGUAUCUCGCAAGAACAGUUGGCCAGCCACUUGAGAAGUUGAAUUCCACUAUAUCCGCAUGUGCUACAAAUUCAUGCGCUCAAAAGCGCACAACAAUUGUUUGUCUCUUCUUUGACCAUAAGUGU